CUGCGGGGCCGCGCCCGCCCCUUCCCCUCCUUCCCUUCCCUCCCCGCCAUGGCGGCCCUGCCCCGCCAUCGCCGCUUCCUCGGCGGCUUCGUGUGCGGGGCCGCGGCCGGGGCCGCCGCGUCCUGCUGGGCUACAUGGCGGCUCCUCCGCAGCCAGAGCCAGCCGGAGCCGGGCCCCGGGCGGGCCCCGGCAGAGGAACCAAUAGAAGAAGCUCUACUGCAAAGAUAUGGAUUUCCUGAGGCUGGAACAGAGACCAGAUGUUACACAAAUCAUGCCCUGUCUUAUGAUCAGGCAAAACGAGUGCCUAGAUGGGUGAUUGAACACCUUUCAAAACAAAAGAUGCUGGGUGAUGCAGAUCGAAGGCACUGUAAAUUCAAGCCAGACCCUAACAUCCCUCUGAUGUUCAGUGCUGUCAAUGAAGACUACCUUGGCAGUGGAUGGUCACGAGGACACAUGGCACCAGCAGGAGAUAACAAAUUUUCAACAAGAGCUAUGGCUGAAACAUUUUAUCUGUCCAACAUUGUGCCUCAGAAUUAUGAAAAUAAUGCUGGGUUUUGGAACAGGAUGGAAAUGUACUGUCGGGAAUUGACUGAGAGAUUUGAAGAUGUUUGGGUUGUUUCUGGACCUCUUACCUUGCCUCAAACAAAUGGUGAUGGAAAGAAGAGUGUUACUUAUCAGGUGAUUGGGAAGGAUGACGUGGCUGUGCCAUCCCACCUGUACAAGGUGAUCCUGGCCAGGCGCAGCAGAACUUCCCCAGAGCCCCUGGUCCUGGGGGCUUUCGUGGUGCCCAACGACCCCAUAGGCUUCAGCCACCAGCUCACCGACUUCCAAGUCAGCAUUGAACACCUGGAAAAAAUGUCAGGUUUAGUUUUCUUCCCCCAGGUGGACAAGACCAAAGAUGUUAAGAAUAUCUGUGAGGUGGAUACCUGCAAACUGAUGGGCUUCAAGGAGUUCACGCUGUACAUCACCGCCCGCAAAGUGCGGAGCGCGCGGACGCUGCGGCGGCUGCAGAAAGCCAUGGCUGAGCUGCAGGAGGCAGGGCUUGAGCCUGAUGAGUAUCUCCUAAAGCUUUACAAGAGCAAGGAGGAGGAACUGCUGCAGGAAGAACCAGUAGCAGCUAGAGAGGGGAGAGCUGGAUGAGUCUUCAGGAAGUUGUUCGGGUUUUUGGAAAGGGGAACUGAAAACAAGCAUGGAGACAAGGGCUCCUUGAAUCAUGUUUUUUUGAGCUGUGAAAACAAUAAAAGAAAUGUCUGGAAGCUGAUGGGUUUGGAAUAAUGCUCAUUCUUGUGUAAAAACACAUGGUUUGCUGCACUACUUAAGGCAUGGGAAGUAUAAUGACUCCUAUGUGGCCUGAGUAGAUCACUGGACCUGCAGGAAAGGCUUUGUGCUGUUCUCCACCUGGGACUUCAGGGUUUGUGUAGAAUCCCUUCUAGGAAUAUCACAAAAAUAGACAGUAGACACCUUGGGAGUACAACUGGAACAUGUUUAAAUGGAAUUCCGCCCACAAAUGUGUCACUGCAGUGCUGUAGAAGCAAUUGUACUUUCUGGAAUGUUUUGAAAACUGAAUUAAUUAAGAAUUAUUUCAUUUAACACUCUUUUAUUGGAGACAUGUAAGACAUGAUGGGUCUUAGUUGUAUUAACCAAAACUUCUCCUGAUCUUGUGUGCUUUGGAUACUUCAGCAUGUCAGGAGCUCACAAGUGUUGUCAUUUGUGACAAACUUACUGCAUUAUGUAUAACUCUGCAACUUUUUGGUUAAAAAAGCCCAAUGGAACUAAACUUCAAUCAAGUGCCUGCCAGUGUAGUUUGGGUUUUCACAAAUCAGUGUAAGCACAGUAUUUAAUUUUCACCACUAACUUUGGAUAAACAUGUUUUCUUGCAUAUUGUUUGUUUUCAGAGGUAAGCCCUACUUUCAUUUUGGUUGUUGUAGUCACUCACUGGGUUUUUUCUCAACAUCUGCCUUUGUACUAUAAACUGUGCGACAAAACUUGUGUAUUGACUGAAAAUGCAUUUCCUGUUCUUUUUCAGUGACAGCUGAUGUUACCAGAUUUGCAUCUACUUGGAAGAUUAAAUGAAAUUUUUUUUUAUUAGUUUCAUACUUUA